CAAACAAACAGCUUUUGCUUUAAGAUUACCUUCCUUCUUCAUCUCUCUCCCUCUCUCUCUGUUCUCUUCAAACUUCAUUUCAUUCAUUUUUCCAGUUCCUUCAUUUGGUAAUACAUCAACCAUGGUGUUAUCUAAGACAGCUUCUGAGACCGAUGUCUCAAUUCACUCCACUUUUGCCUCUCGCUAUGUCCGCAACUCACUUCCCAGGUUCAAGAUGCCGGAGAACUCAAUACCAAAAGAGGCUGCAUUUCAGAUCAUCAAUGACGAGCUGAUGCUUGAUGGAAACCCAAGGUUAAACCUUGCCUCUUUUGUUACUACCUGGAUGGAACCCGAAUGUAAUAAGCUUAUAAUGGAUGCCAUUAACAAGAACUAUGUUGACAUGGAUGAGUAUCCUGUCACCACCGAGCUCCAGAAUCGUUGUGUGAACAUGAUAGCACACUUGUUCAACGCACCGCUUGGGGAGUCGGAGGCUGCUGUUGGAGUGGGAACAGUUGGGUCAUCGGAAGCAAUCAUGUUGGCUGGUCUUGCUUUCAAGAGAAAGUGGCAGAACAAACGUAAGGCUGAAGGCAAACCUUAUGAUAAGCCCAACAUCGUGACAGGAGCCAAUGUUCAGGUGUGUUGGGAGAAAUUUGCUCGCUACUUUGAAGUGGAGUUGAAGGAAGUGAAGCUGAGGGAAGGUUACUAUGUGAUGGACCCUGCCAAAGCUGUUGAAUUGGUUGAUGAAAACACCAUCUGUGUUGCAGCUAUCUUGGGUUCCACCCUCAAUGGAGAAUUCGAAGAUGUCAAGCUUCUAAAUGAUCUCUUGGUGGAGAAAAAUAAGGAAACUGGAUGGGAUACCCCAAUUCAUGUUGAUGCAGCUAGUGGUGGAUUUAUUGCACCAUUCUUGUACCCAGAGCUUGAAUGGGACUUCAGGCUUCCUCUUGUGAAGAGUAUUAAUGUUAGUGGCCAUAAAUAUGGUCUUGUUUAUGCUGGAAUCGGUUGGGUUAUCUGGAGAAGCAAGGAUGACUUGCCUGAAGAACUUAUUUUCCACAUUAACUACCUUGGAGCUGAUCAACCCACUUUCACUCUCAAUUUCUCCAAAGGUUCCAGCCAAGUUAUUGCUCAGUACUAUCAAUUAAUCCGAUUGGGCCAUGAGGGGUACAAAAACGUGAUGGAGAACUGCCAUGAAAACGCUAUGGUCCUUAAAGAAGGAUUGGAGAAAACAGGGCGUUUCAACAUCGUGUCAAAGGACGAUGGGGUGCCUUUAGUGGCAUUUUCUCUCAAGGACAACAAGCGGCACGACGAGUUCGAGAUAUCGGAGAUGUUGCGCCGAUACGGUUGGAUUGUGCCUGCAUACACCAUGCCAGCAGAUGCUCAGCACAUCACCGUGCUUCGUGUUGUCAUCAGGGAAGACUUCUCUCGAACCUUGGCUGAGCGCCUUGUGCUUGACAUCCAAAAAGUGGUCCAUGAGCUCGAUGCCCUCCCUGCAAAGCUCAAUGCCAGACUGGCCACUGAGAAACAGGAACAAGUUAAAAAUGGCACUGUUAAGAAGACUGCUAUUGAGACCCAGAGGGAAAUCACUGCUUACUGGAAGAAAUAUGUCACUGAGAGGAAAUCUAACAACAAAACCCAGAUUUGUUAGGAUUUGUUCUAACACCUAUACUCAAUUUUUCAUCUGUUCUUUUUUUGACUUUUAGUUAUUUGUUUUUUGCCUUUUGGUUUUUACCCCAUUAUUCUUCAAGCUUCAUCAUAGUGAGCAAAUGAAGCAUGUUAUUUCGGAGUUGAGCAAUUCAAUGUAAUCGAAACAAUUUCUCAAUACUAAAUUUGACUUCAAUACAA